GAAAUAGGCGCGAAACCCUCCUACGCGGGCCUUUCAAAAAUCAGCGCACUUACAACCAAGUUCCAUAUUGCGUUCGGUCGCGCGCCUUUCGCCUCACGUCGCAGUAAAUAAAAAUCGUUCGAUAUUUAAAUCGACUACCGUGUAUAAAUAACUUUUUUAAUUAAUUUUGUGUCUGUUGCAAUAAAAAUGUAUCGUAAAGUUAGUGCGCUUUUGUGGUGCCUCUAUGUUUUCAGUUUUCCAUUGAGUGAUAGUGCUAUAUCUGCUGAGACUGAGACGCGAUGUCGCAACCCGCCCACUGCACCACAAAAAAUAGAACGAGUUAUUACCCUUUGCCAGGAUGAAAUCAAAGUUUCUAUAUUAAGAGAGGCUCUUGAUGUGAUAAAGGAGGAACACACAAUGCCAGCUGAAAGGCGGAGGAAUAAACGUGAAGUGCCGUUUACGCAUGACGAGAAACGCAUAGCCGGGUGCUUGCUGCAAUGCGUUUACCGGAAAGUGAAAGCGGUUGACGGUUAUGGAUUCCCAACACUAGAAGGCCUGGUAGGACUGUAUUCAGACGGCGUCAACGAACGCGGCUAUUUCAUGGCCGUAUUAGAAGCUUCGAGGGAAUGUCUCAUGAGGAACCAUGAUAAGUUCUCCAGGAGCGUGCCUAUGGAUAAUGGAAAGAACUGCGACGUGUCGUUCGACAUCUUCGAAUGCAUCUCCGACCGCAUCGGCGAGUACUGCGGGAACUCAGGGCUAUGAUAGCUUUAAAAUGUUUAAUAUAGUUUCUUUAUCUUUACUCUUUCACACUUGUAACUAUAUCUUUUUUUGCUAAUUUUGAUUCAAAUUUAAUUUGUAAACCAUUUUGGAAUUCAAUUAAUUUUAUCUCAUAAAAAAAAUUGUUUUGUUUCUACAAGCUUUAUAAUCCGAGAGGCAAAGUUACAAAUGGCAGAAUAAUUUUAUCCCAGCUUAUUGCUGCUCCAUAUAUUAUUUCUUUCGGGUGAUUUGUUUAAUUGAAUACAUAAUAUCUAAUAUGUUCAUUCUUAAAGUGUGUGAAAUUUGUUUUGGAUGAAAUUGCUAACAAAUAUUCAACUCUGCCUUUUGGAUUCAUAAACUGAUAUUAAUAUGUAUGAUAUAUUGUAAAUGCUAUGAAUUGUUUUUAAAUAUAAAUUUCAUUUUGUAAGUACAAAAGGUACAUCUGAUAAUUAAAUAAGGGUUAGAGUACAUUCGCAGUGUCUUUUCUCUGAAUUAUAUAAGUCUGUACUAGGAAUAACAUAUUCAAGAGAUGCAAAUUAAAUUGUCAAGUCAAAAUAUACUUUAAUCAAGUAGGCUCUACCACGCACAAUUGAAUUGUCUUUAUAAAAUUUUAAUAGCUUCUAACAUCGCUGUCGAUAUGAAUUAUUUUUUGAGCACUACGUAUUCAUUUAAUUAUUUAAAAAAUAUAUUGAAGUGCUGACGUUUGUAAGACGAUCUUUCCAAGAGUUAUAUGGUUUGUUAUUAAAUUAAUGUAGAUUUGGUUAAACAUAUUAAUUAUUUGAAAAAAUAUUUUUAUCAUAUUUUCGGUUUUUCUUAUUUUCCAAGCACUAUUUAGUCUUAAGAAAAUAUGUUACCAUAAAUUCUGGCAAGGUGAUAAAUGAUUUUGACAUUAUAAAAAACAUAUUUGAAUAUAUAGGUGUUCAUAGUUUUGUAUCAGAGAGGAAAUACAGUGACAUUAUAAAAAAAGACACUUGCCUAAGAAAUUUAGUAGAUACUUGAACAUAUAUUUGAUUAAAUUAUAUUUUAUAAGGUAAUUCAGCAUCAAACAAAAUUUUCAAAUAUUUCGAAAAACAAUACCCUUCAGAAGGGUUUUUCUUUAACUUUCGUUAUGUUAUAUAUAUUUUUUAUUUUCUCAACAGGCAAUUUGUUUCGCGAAUUAAUUAAAAACAUAUAUUUAGUGUUACCAUUCAUUACUAUUAAGUUAAAUUUAUAAGUAGUGAAAAAAUCUACUAAAACGUGAUGCUCAUUAACAUAGAAUUAGUUUCAUAAAUAUAUCUAAAUUUUCAGUAGCUUUAGGAUUACAAAGUCUCGUAAAAAUAUGGCGUAGAAUUACAAUUAUUACGACAAUUAAAGGAUACACAUCCCAAAAGCGUGUUACGUGAGUUUUUAAUGUUACGUCGUCGGGUCGAGCAUCGAGUCGCGAAUAGCUUUAUAGACCAGGAUCAAAUGAAGAAAAUCAUGAAUGAAUUUAAUUGCGUAUAUUUUGAAUUUAUAUUAAUAAUUUAACUCGCAUUAAUAAUAAAUAAAGGAAUCUUAUAGGCAAAUAUUGUGAACAAUGUAUAUAACAGAAUAGUAAUUGAGUUAAGUACAUCUAUCUAUCACGUUACUUGUAUGAAAUAUACUCGAUUUAAAUCCAAGCACUUGUUCAAAUGUAGAAUAUAUUCUAUUAUAGACUAAUUAAAUAUAAAUAUUAUUUUUAGGUAUUUCGGUUUCAUUAACUCGUGUAUCAAGGAAUGAUCGACGUUCUAUUACGAAAAGUCUACGGACCCCAACGUCACUUGGCUAAGCUAUAUCGACGUGUCGAUUUAUGACACCGGAGUACUUAAUAAUAAUGAUAUGAACACAAUAUUAAUAGCUUAUAAAUUUUCUUUGUGACAGUUUGGGAUAUUUCUUUACUUAAAUAUAAAAACACAUUUUAAUUCUAAUCUUAAGCUCAUCAAAGCUUUAUAACGAACUGAUAGAAUAAUUUACUUUAAGAGUUCUUUAAUAAAUAUUGUAUAUAGUAAUAA